AUGGCUAAGAGGGAGCGAGAUGAUGAUGCUGGCGCCUCAGAGGAUGUGUUGCCAAGCAAGCGUCCGAAGCUGACCUCUUCAGACCGCUUGUCAUCCCUGAGCGAUGAGCUGUUGCUAAAAGUGCUAUCCUUCCUACCCACAGCCCAACUUACUGUAUGCGAAAGGCUUUCUCACAAAUACCGCAAGCUGGCCAGCGAUGGACAACUAUGGAAGUCUCAUUACUAUGACCGCUUCGUCCGUCCGAGGGCUAGCAGACUGCCCGGUCUCAAAGACCUAGAUACGCCCAACAGCAGUCUCCACUUUGCUUCCAAGGCAUCAAGAUGGCUGGACGAAGAUCAUCUCGUAAGAGGCGGCAGUCGCACAAAUUGGAAGAAGCAGUAUAAGUUGCGGCAGAACUGGGUACAAGGAAGCGCUGCGGUCAACGAGAUUCCUGUGGCAGAACGAGAAUCCUUACCUCCAGUACUUGUGGAAAUGUCAGACGGGAUAAUAUAUAUGGCAGAUCGUGAGGACGGUCUGCGUGCUUGGACAGCGAAAGGCACGCGUGGCAUAAUUGCGCAGAAGCAGUUCAGGCGCUCGUCGACUUCCUCUCCCCCGACGUCGCUGGCAGUGGACUCGUCCGGUAUCGACAGUUCUGUCUCCAGGGUAGUCGUCGGCUUCGAAGACGGUUCUUUUGGCGUUUACAUUCUGGAUCAUCAUGGACGAGAGUUCAGCCACAAGUACAGUCAUGAACCAUCUUCAAAUGGUGUCAUAACUGCUACGGAGUUACGCUGGCCUUAUGCCGUGACGAUGACGGCCAUGCAACUAUUAUCAGUUUAUCAAUUCCAGGAGAGCGAUCCAAAGUCAGAAGUCAAAGAUCCGCCACGGUUACUGCAUUCCAUGAAGUCACAUACGGUAUUACCACCAUUGUCAGUGUCGCUCCGGACAACUUCGUCAGCCAUCUACGUCUCGAUAGCAUAUUCAAUGCCGACUUAUCUCUCUGGCUGGACUGUCGGCAUACAGGAAGUCAAGAUUGACCUCAGUGGCACUCUCAUCGACUCCCGAUUAGCGUCCGCAAUUGAUCAGCAUUAUCGACCUCUGGCCUUUGCGAAUCGACCGAUGAUGUAUCACUUGCCAGCAACCAACACUGGACUGCAUGGAGGCACGUCAGCACUGGAAUUGAAGCAUAUCCAUUCGAAACCGACAUCUCUCUCUUACAAUCACCCCUAUCUCUUGACCUCUCAUCGGGAUAAUACUUUGACCCUGUAUCUAGUCACUUCUACGGCAAAGAGCCUGAACAUCAGUCCCGGAGCUAGGCUAUGGGGCCAUACUUCUGCAGUAUCUGGAGCACAUGUCGGUGGCCGCGGCAAGGCUGUCUCUAUCAGCAGACAAGGCGACGAGUUGAGGCUCUGGGAGCUGGAAGGCGGUUUCACAACAUCGAGUGCACGCAAGCGACUCCACGGAGACCUAUCUGUCAAGGUCAGGCCUAAUAAUAAUGCUGCCACUGACACUGGCACGGAUGAAUCAGAGUUGACCAUCAGCCGAGGUUGGAUUGGCUUCGAUGAUGAGAAUGUUGUGGUGCUAAAGGAGCACGGCCAAGGGAAGCAGGCCUUGGUUGUUUACGAUUUUACAUGA